AUGCCCAGACCUACAAUGGCUUAUGUAUCCCCUGGUCCUGCUGUCCAGGCACCACAAUGGACCCUCAUCGCCGUUGCAGGCUGUAUCCUCAUAGCGCUUUUUCAUCUCCGACUCAAUAUCCAAAAACGAAAUUUACUCACUAGUGACAUCCUAAUGUGUGUAACCUGGUGUUUCGCUGUUAUUACGUCGGCAUUUGAUAUUAAACUUGCUCUCCUGGGCGCGCUCGACUACGACGUGCUUUACACAAUGGAAGGGUACCGAGGCGAUCCAGCAAACAUAUUAUUGAUUAUCAAGGUAGGAUGCAAAACAAACAAGCGAUCCGUCAAGCUCGACGUUGACCAUUAUUAG